UGGGGGUCGGAUUAGGUUUUUGGAUUGUUGCCUAGGAACAGUGCUCAUUAUAAUGACGUACAUGAGUUGUAUCAAGAAGUAACUGUGAAGUAUAUAGCUUCAGCAUCGUAAUUCUUAUAACAGCUUAAAUAUUGUUCAUGAAUUGCAGAAACAAUGGCCUCAGGCCUUGCGUAUUGCAUCGACGAAGAGGAUGCAUGGAUGCUGAAUCUGUCUGCCUGGUCAGAAAUGAUAGAUACACGAAACAGGAGCUAUGGCACGGACAUUGUACAUGGAGUUGUUUUGUCUCCUAACAGGCAACGAAAAGCAUCACUUGGAAAUCUGAAGGCCUUCCCAAGAGAGAUCCUCGAUGAAGUUUUGAUGUUUCUCGACCUGGAUGCACUUCGUGCCGUACGUCAACUCAACAGGACAUACUUUUCGGUAGCGACCAAUCUUCCUGCAUAUAAGAUUCUUCGAGAACAUGCUUCUGAAGUGCUCCAGAUCAUGCACAUGACACGGACAGCGCGCUUCUUCAACAUUUAUCGCAUAUUCGAUGAAUUUUGCCAGCCAUACUGCCGCACAUGUGGCGAUUUCGGACCUUGUGUUUUUCUCAUGGACUUUACCCGAUGUUGCGUUUAUUGUCUGAAGUUCAGAGAGAGUUACAUACUGGUAUCGCUUUUCGAUGCAUCCGUACAAUAUUGUCUGUCUGUGAGCGAUACAAAAGAGCUUGUCACUAUAUAUACUAUUCCGGGAAGGUAUGGCAAUGCGAGAGACGUCAGGCAGCGACGGCGUCUUGUUAGGCUACAGGAUAUCCUGACUUUAGCCACAAAGAUCCACGGAAGUAUUGAAGAGAGCAUUGAAGCUGCUUCAACAUAUCGCGAUGACUUGUCGAGAUGGCACUUUGAUGCUGUGGCUGAUUGGCAAAAACAAAAUGCCGGCGAAACCUCAACUGCAAUUGAUGAGCUCGAGAAUUGCAGACAGCAUAGCAGAAGACCUCGUUUCCCGAGAGAAUUAAAAGUGCCUUCUUUGGAGAGUGGGAAUAGCGACUACCCUGCCUUUAUGGCUUCAGCGCAUUUCCCAGUUUGGGAUCCCAGCAAGAGAGUGAUCCAGAAGGGUCUCUAUUGCUCGGCAUGUUCAUUUGUCCCCGGCUCAUUCUAUUCUUCUAGCAAGCAAAAGCACAGGGCCAUACUUCGUGCAUAUACAAUCGAGCAGCUACCCCAGCAUUUCCUCGAAUGCGAAGCAGCUAAGGUAUGGGACAGGCGCCGAUGCUACAGGUGCUGGUCCCCUGCACCCCCACCAAUAAAGGGUGAUCCAUUUCUCGUGCAGGCUGACGGCACGUUUAAGAAAGAUGCUCCUAUAUAAAGCCGAAGUUAAUAUAUAUGUCAAGGUAAACUAAUUGGAUAAUUUUUUGGCGUACAAAGCAAACGCCAGGUGAUCUGUUAAUCAUCCGUUUGCGG